GUUUGACGUCACUCCUGAUCCCUGAACUUGCACCAACUACUCCUAUAAAUAGCUCAUGACGAAUCUAACACAAACCAUGCGCUUUGUUCAUCGGCCAGAAGAAACUUCCAGAUAACUCCAUCAAUGGCUACUGCCGUGCAAGAGAAGUUGCCUCCCGCGCUGGAUUCUACUGCGGAUCAGCCGCCUCUCUUUGAUGGAACUACGAGGUUGUAUAUUAGCGACAUUUGCCCAUUUGCGCAGCGUGUGUGGAUCACUAGAAAUUACAAGGGACUACAAGACAAGAUUAAAUUGGUUCCUCUGAACCUCAGGGAUAGGCCUACUUGGUAUAAGGAGAAAGUAUACCCUCAGAAUAAGGUGCCAUCAUUGGAGCAUAAUGGCAAAGUCAUUGGAGAGAGUCUUGAGUUAAUCAAGUAUGUGGAUUGCAACUUUGAAGGGCCAUCACUUCUUCCUGAUGAUCCUGCCAAAAAAGAUUUUGCUGAAGAGAUGGUCAAGUAUACUGAUACAUUUAUCAUGUUUAUCUUUACUUCAUUCAAAGGAGAUACAAUAAAGGAAGCUGGUCCUGCUUUUGAUCACUUGGAAAAUUCCCUGCAUAAAUUUGAUGAUGGUCCUUUCUUCCUUGGUGGAUUUAGCUUGGUGGAUAUAGCCAAUAUUCCGUUUGUUGAGAGAUUCCAACUCUUCUUCUUAGAUGUGUGGAAAUAUGAUAUUAGAGAGGGCAGGCCAAAAUUAGCAGCAUGGAUUGAGGACUUGUAUCUAGUUACUUAUCUUGAAUCACUUGCUGUUCUAUCAAUUCCUUAUCUAGGAAGUGGUAGUUGUAGUUCAUGGGACCCUGGAAGGCCUACUAAAGGACUCGUACUGGUGGAGAUGAACAAGAUGGAUGCAUAUAAGCAGACAAAGUAUGAUCCAGAUGAGCUUCUUGAGUAUUACAGGCGGCGGUUUCUGUUUCUCCUCAGCUAAGCAACUUGAUACAUGUAUACGAGUACGAUAUGCAUAUUUAACAGUUUACGUAAAUCAAAUCCGUACCGGUCGCUGUUAGGAAAUGUGUUGCUUGCAUAAAUAAGAAAAUAAACUUGUUCAUGUACUGAGACAAUAAUAAAAAUACAUGAACAUUAUCCAACUUUUACAA